AUGGAAAGAUUUACCCUUGCUUUUGGUUAUUGCAAUGAUUGCAGCUGCGGUCGACUUGAGGUGUUUGACACUAAAUCAGAUUCUGAGGCAAGACUUGGCUCGUGGUGUUCCACACCAGUUCCCGAACUAAUUUCUACUGGAAGAUUUCUGUACGUGAAGUUUUCGGCCAAGUCAUACUCCACAUAUCAAAAAUUUAAGGCUUUUUUCAAAAGCAUAAAAAAUCAGACAG